AUGAAUCGAAGAUCGGUUUUAGGCCUGCCUGGUGGGCUAAACAUGCUCAAUAUCAACACCGAUCUGGCGUCGAAUUACAGCCGUCGUCGAAAAGAUCGAACAAGUUUUGAUAGCAUUGAGUAUGAUUCUGCACAAUUGUUGGAUUAUCAGCAUCCAGCACCACAGGCACAUCAAGACCCAGACCAAGAAGUUGAUCUGUUGAAUGAUGAUAGCCAUUUACCGCUUCCGCCGUGGAUUCCACCACCGCCUACGCCUCCUCAGCCGGUGUAUCGGCAAGCGGGGAAACAGCAGAUGAUGAAAGGUACUACCCCUCUAAGAGUGUUGAAUCUGGCGGGGUAUACGGAUGGAGACAAUAAGUUGUUUUAUCCUGCGUGUUCGUAUAAAUGUGCGGGAGAGGUGCCAGAGAAGAAAUAUAGCCUGGCGAGUUUGUCGUGUAUUUGUACGAAUGCUAGGUUGUUGGAUGAACUGGGGGUUUGUGUUAAGUUGGAGUGUGUGCAUUAUGGAGGGGAUAUGGAGAAGUUCUGGAGGGUUAUGGGUAGGGAUUGUGGCAAGAUUGGACUUGAUCUUGAUAGAAAGUCGACACCGGAGUUGAGAGAGCUAUAUAAAGACGCUGGCAAUACGCCCGUCGGCUCACCUGCAGGAUCACCUGCUACUCCUUGGGAGAACGAGUCUCCUAGACUUGGUACAUCAUGGGCCACCAGCCCAGGCACCCCAAAACUGGGCGGCUUCUUCUCAAACACAUGUACACCAACUACCCCUAGAUCGGGUACAUCGUUCGGAUACCCGACCACUCCCAAAUCGGGUACAUCAUUCGGGUAUAGUCCUUCGACCCCAAGGCCGGGUGCACCGGCUUGGGCAACAAGUCCUUCUACGCCUCGACCGGGUACAUCGUACACCAGUAGUACUUCUACACCCCGACCGGGUACAUCAUAUACCAAUAAUACUUCUACAACUCGUCCGGGCACAUCCUAUACAAACAGCCCGACUACUCCAAGACCCGGAACUGCCUUUUCAUUGUUAUCUAGAGAUACAUCUAUCGGAACUCUACCUGAAGAUAUACCAUUGACCAUCAUGGUUACAAAGACAGUUUCACUCGAGUUUGAGACUGUAGCGAACAGAAAGGCGAUUGACUCGGCUGACUAUAGGACUAUUUGCGAUAUCUCCUAUGUUGAGCCUGGGAGUGAAAGAGCUGGGAGUAGCAGGGGAUGUUCUUCCGAUAAGAGUGUUUGCCUUUCUGAGAAGGAAGAAGAGAAAGAGAAAGAGGAGGAGGUUAGGGAGAUGGCGAAGGUAAUGAUGCCUUUGCCUGUGAAACCCGAGGAAAAUAGAUACGGUUAUGGAGUAUCUAAUAACGGCAUUGUUGAGAUUGAGAGGAAGCAGGGACAAGGGUUGGGGAUGAAUACCAAUGAGACAGUGGAGUUUCUGAAGAAGUUUGGAGUGACACCCAAAAAGGUCGUCGGAGCUGUGAAGAAGGUUAGAAAUAUGUUUGGAAGAGUAUAG